AUGUUGUCAAGACAUCUGAAUCGAGAGAGAAAGAUCUGCGCCCAGAUACUACAAAUUCAAAGGGCGUUGUCUGCAAAAAGCGCUGGAGACUUGACUUCAAAAUAUUUAGAAGAGUCUAAACCUUACUCGGAAAUACCUGGUCCCACUAAAUUUAAUUUCAUACGAUCUUUUCUACCGGGUGGCCGCUAUAAGAAUGUGCCGGUUCAUGAAAUGUUUUUGGAUCUCAGCAGUCGCUAUGGGAAUAUUUUUCGUAUGCCUAGUGUGAGUGGAACUGACAUUGUGAUUACUUUGAAUCCGGUGGACUAUGAGACAGUUUUCCGCAAUGAGGGACAGUGGCCCUACAGACGGAGUUUCGCCACCUUUGAGUAUUACAAAAAGGUUCAUCGGCGCGAUAUUUUCGAGGGUGCUGAUGGACUAACUUCUGGAAAUGGACCGGCCUGGGGUAAGAUGCGAACGGCUGUCAAUCCAAUUCUAUUGCAGCCCCGAAAUGCCAAGUUAUAUGUGAAUAAUCUUGUUCAGGUCAAUGAUGAGUUUUUGGAGCGUAUACGAGCCAUACGAGAUCCAGUAACUCAAGAAAUGCCAGCUGAUUUUGUAGAGGAAAUUCGCCGUUUAAUUUUGGAGUCCAUUGGAUUUGUGUCGCUCAAUACUCGCCUAGGUUUUCUCGGUGAGAAUCGGGAUAGCGAGGAGGUGAUUCGUUUUAUCAAGGCAUUGGAAGAUAUUCUGGAAUUGGGUUUUAUUUUGGAUAUGUUGCCUCCAAUUUGGAAGUAUCUGCCAGAACCUAACUUUAAAAAACUCAUGCGUUCGUUGGACACCAUCACUGACAUAGCAAAUGGACACAUUCAGCGAGCCCUGCAGCGUGUAGAGGAGAAUGCCAAGGCGGGUCGUAUAAGCCUCGAGCCAGGUAUGGAGAUGAGCAUACUCGAAAAACUGUUGCGUGUCGAUCGUCAGACGGCAGUUAUUAUUGCAUUGGAUUUAUUUUUUGCUGGUGCAGACCCUACCUUGGUGUCUCUGUGCGGCAUUUUGUUGAUGUUAGCUAAGAAUCCCGCUAAACAAUCCCGCUUAUUAGAGGAGAUCAAAAGCGUACUGCCGGACAAGCAUUCGCAAUGGACCAUAGAAUCCACAUCAAAUUUACCUUAUCUACGUGCUUGCAUCAAGGAGGGCAUUCGCAUGUAUCCCAUUGGACCUGGCACCUUGCGUCGAGUGCCAACUGACGUUGUUUUGAGUGGAUACCGAGUUGUGGCUGGCACAGAUGUGGGUAUGGCGUCCAACUAUCAGAUGGCAAACAUGGAACAGUAUGUUCCACGCGUUCGCGAGUUUCUGCCCGAGCGUUGGCUGCGUGACGAAUCUAGCUCAAACCUAGUGGGUGACACGUCCACUCCCUUCAUGUAUUUACCAUUUGGCUUCGGACCACGAGCCUGUGCUGGCAAGCGCAUUGUUGACAUGAUGCUGGAGAUUGCAGUUGCUAGGCUGGUGCGCAACUUUGAAAUUGGCUUCGACUAUCCCAUAGAGAAUGCUUUUAAGGCGGAAUUCUUUGUAAAACCUAACAUACCAUUUAUGUUCAAGUUUGUUGAACGUUCUGUGUAAUCCAAGCUUAAGAUCUGGCAAAGUUAAGUAAAGCUAUUUAAA